ACGUCGGUUUAAUUCGUGACUAGAAAACCCUAAUUCCAAUUCAUAUAUUAAUAAUCUCGAAUCGAAUACUUUCGACGGCUACCACUUAUCUUCUUCACAGAGAUUCUCAUCAGGCAUCUCUACCUUCGUUCAUCUCCAUCGUCUCCAUUGAGGUUUAAGCUCUCCUGCUAAAGAAGAAGAAGAAGAAGAUGUCUCGUUUUUUCGCCCAGGGUGGUAGUGACAGCGAGGAUGAGAGCGAUAUCGAGGAAGAGAUCCAGGAGGUUCAGAACAACGACAUCAACAACCGUUACCUCCAGGAUAACAGCGACGACGACGACGACACUGAUACCAAACGUGUCAUCAAGCCAACCAAGGACAAGCGUUUCGAGGAGAUGACGCACACCGUUGAGCAGAUGAAGAACGCUAUGAAGAUCAACGAUUGGGUCAGUCUUCAGGAGAAUUUCGACAAGGUCAACAAACAGCUUGAGAAAGUUAUGAGGAUCACUGAGGCUGUGAAGCCUCCCACCUUGUACAUCAAGACGCUUGUGAUGUUGGAGGAUUUCUUGAACGAGGCCUUGGCUAAUAAGGAGGCCAAGAAGAAGAUGAGUCCUAGCAACUCCAAGGCCUUGAAUGCGAUGAGGCAGAAGCUGAAGAAGAACAAUAAGCUGCACGAGGAGGAGAUUAAUAAGUAUAGGGAGGCUCCGGAGGUUGAGGAGGAGAAUGAGCCGGAAGAUGAGGAUGAUGACGAUGAGGAAGACGAGGAUGAGGAAGACGAUGAUAGCAAAGAGGCUGUGACUGACGAGGAGGUGGAUGAAACUACUGAUACUCGCUGGGAGACGAUGCUUAACAAGAAAGAUAAGCAGAUGGAGAAGCUGCUUAGUAAAGAUCCUAAGGAGAUCACUUGGGAUUGGGUCAACCAGAAGUUUAAAGAGAUUAUGGCUGCUCGUGGGAGGAAGGGGACUGCUCGUUUUGACCUAGUUGAUCAGCUUACACACUUGACGAAGAUUGCCAAGACUCCUGCGCAGAAGCUCGAGAUCUUGUUCAGCGUUAUCUCAGCACAGUUUGAUGUGAAUCCAGGCCUCUCAGGACACAUGCCUAUCAAGGUUUGGAAGAAGUGCGUGCUCAACAUGCUCACCAUACUGGACAUUCUUGUCAAGUACACUAACAUCGUUGUGGACGACACAAUCGAGCCUGAGGAGAACGAAACUUCCAAGCCAGCAGAUUAUGAUGGAACAAUUCGGGUCUGGGGAAAUUUGGUUGCGUUCAUUGAGCGGAUUGACACUGAGUUUUUCAAGAGCUUGCAGUCAAUUGAUCCUCACACCCGUGAGUAUGUUGAGAGACUGAGGGAUGAGCCUAUGUUCUUGGCCCUUGCUCAGAACAUCCAAGAUUACUUUGAGCGGAUGGGUGAUUUCAAAGCUGCUGCAAAGGUGGCCUUGAGACGUGUUGAGUCAAUUUAUUACAAGCCCCAGGAGGUUUAUGAGGCUAUGAGGAAGCUGGCUGAGUUGGUUGAAGAAGAUGAAGAAGCUGAGGAUGCCGAGGAGGAAAGUGGACCUAUUUCUUCAUUCAUUGUUGUUCCAGAGGUUGUUCCCCGUAAGCCUACCUUCCCUGAGAGCGGCCGGGCAAUGAUGGAUCUUCUUGUGUCCCUUAUCUACAGAAAUGGAGAUGAGAGGACCAAGGCCCGUGCAAUGCUAUGUGAUAUCUAUCACCAUGCUUUGAUGGACAACUUUGGGACUGCUAGAGACUUGUUGCUGAUGAGUCAUCUCCAAGACAACAUUCAGCACAUGGACAUCUCAACACAGAUCCUCUUUAACAGGACCAUGGCGCAGCUUGGUCUUUGUGCCUUCCGUGUUGGAAUGAUCACUGAGUCCCAUAGCUGCCUCUCCGAGCUGUACUCUGGUCAGAGAGUGAGGGAGUUGCUUGCCCAAGGUGUCUCGCAAAGUCGAUAUCAUGAGAAGACACCCGAACAGGAAAGGAUGGAGAGGAGAAGACAAAUGCCAUACCACAUGCACAUAAACCUCGAGCUACUGGAGGCUGUUCAUCUCAUCGGUGCAAUGCUACUUGAAGUCCCAAACAUGGCAGCAAACUCGCUUGAAGCCAGGCGCAGAGUGAUCAGCAAGAACUUCCGUCGCCUGCUUGAGAUCAGCGAGAGGCAAGCGUUCAAUGCACCACCUGAGAAUGUACGUGAUCACGUUAUGGCAGCCACCAGAGCCCUGACCAAAGGAGAUUUCCAGACCGCGUUUGAGGUUCUGAACUCUCUUGAGGUCUGGAGAAUGCUCAAGAACCGUGACAGCAUCCUCGAAAUGGUCAAAGCUAGGAUCAAAGAAGAAGCUCUAAGGACUUACCUAUUCACUUACUCGAGCUCCUACGAGUCCCUAAGCCUUGAACAGCUGGCUAAGAUGUUUGAUGUCACUGAAGCACAGGUUCACAGCAUUGUUAGCAAGAUGAUGAUCAACGAAGAGCUUCACGCAAGCUGGGACCAGCCAACACGAUGCAUUGUCUUUCAUGAAGUGCAACACAGCAGACUACAGUCGUUGGCUUUCCAGUUAACCGAGAAACUAUCGGUUUUGGCAGAAAGUAACGAAAGGGCAAUGGAAGCAAGAACCGGUGGAGGUGGUCUUGAUCUGAGCUCAAGAAGAAGGGACAACAAUCAGGACUAUGCAGGAGCAGCAUCAGGUGGUGGGAGAUGGCAGGACAACAACAUGAGUUCUGGAUAUGGAGGAAGACAAGGUAACAACAGAUCUGGAUAUGGAGGAAGACCAGGACAACCUAGAGACUGGUCGGGCCAGAACCGAGGUGGAGGAUAUGCAUCAAGAGCUGGCUCAGGAAACAGAGGUGGUGGAAUGCAAAUGGAUGGCUCAACCCGUAUGGUGAGUCUUAACCGAGGUGUUCGCACUUAAAGAAGUUUUCUCCAGAUAGUGUUGGUUUCUUUUUAAGACCUUUUUGUUUAAGUUUUUUUUUUUUGUUUGUCGUCGGUUAAAGUUUGGAUCUGUCUUUAAUAAUUUUGCUUCAGAACUUUAAAUUACUUUGUUUUGUUUCAGAGUUGAACAUUAUUGUUUCUAUUCAAACUCAGUUUUAAUAGUAA